GCACGUCACCCGCGCAUGCGCCCUCCGCGCGCCCGCAACGGCUCUCGGCAACGUUCGCCGCCGGGCGUGCUGGUUUCCUUGGCAACGGAGUCGGGCCCCGGCGGCGAGGAAGCAGCGACCGCGGUGGGGCCCGUAAAGAAGCCGAGAUGCCGGGGAAGGGAAAGGACAAGAGGAAGGGCAAGAGCAAAGGCAAAGAUAAGAAGAAGAAGACAACAAAAACUGAUGAAUCUGUCAUGGAGAGAGCCAAGGCCAACGCCUCCCUUUGGGAGGCUAGGCUGGAAGUCACAGAACUUUCUAGGAUUGAAUAUCGAGAUACUUCCCGGAGACUGGCAAAAUGUAAUGAGGAAUUAAAGAAACAGCAGUAUAAAAUGGAGAGAGACACACUGUCUGUACUAAGCUACCUGAAGAGGCAAGAUCAGGAGAAAGAUAAUAUGAUUGAAAAAUUGAAACAACAACUAAAUGAAACAAAGGAAAAAGCACAAGAGGAGAAAGAAAAAAUGGAACAAAAAUAUAUUGCGAAGAUAAAUGAACUAGAGGGACAGUUUCAUCAAAAAGCUAAAGAAAUUGGCAUGAUUCAGACGGAGCUGAAAACAAUAAGACUAUUCCAAAAGAGAAAAGUCCAAGUGGAAAAAGAAUUAGAUGACCUGAAGGAGAAUUUAAGAAUCACAGAGAGAAAACAUCAGGAGACUCUUAGAAGCCUGGAAAGCAAGUUUUUUGAAGAAAAGCACCGACUAGAACAAGAAGCUGAAAAGAAGAUCAUAAUGCUGGCGGAGAGAGCUCACCAUGAAGCUGUUGUGCAAUUGAACAAUGCUGGAAGGAAUGUUUUUAAAGAGAACAUUUAUCUCCAGAAAGCCCUCGCAUUCCAUCUGAAGGAAGCUGAAGCUCUACAAAAAAAUUCCCAGAAGCUGCAAGAGAGUCAUAAUUUUCUUUUACAGCAAAAGGAGAUUAAUGAUCUUUUGGUUAAGGAAAAGAUCAUACAACUCACCCAGCAGAGAGCUCAAAUCCAAACUCUUCAGAAGAAGGUUACAAGCUUAGAGACGGCCCUCAGCUGUAUGGCCAGAGAAUUUGAGGCCGAGGCUAUAAAAAUGCAGCAACAGGCAAUGAUAGAGAAUCAAGCGGGUCUCAUUGAAACUGACAACCUACAGUACCUUCUUCAGAUGAAGGAGAGGGAGAUGAACCGCAUGAAGAAGCUAGCCAAGAACAUACUAGAUGAGAGGACAGAGGUGGAAAGUUUCUUUUUAGAUGCCCUCCAUGAAGUGAAGCAACAGAUCCUCUUUCACCGGAAGCAGUAUAAACGGGCAGCAGAAGCUACUUUCCAUUUUAAGAUGAGAGAGGCGUGUGCAGGCAGAUCAGAAUAUCCCCCGAUCCGAACGUUUGACGGUAGAGAACACAGCACCAAUAGUGUGAAUCAGGACCUUAUGAAGGCUGAGAAAUGGGUAAAUAUUCCAGAAAAUGUGGAUAUUGGAGAUUUGACCUGGGAGCAGAAAGAGAAAGUCUUGAGAUUGCUCUUCGCAAAAAUGAAUGGUUUUGUUCCUAGGAAAAGCCAAAAUUCUGUGCCUUCAGUUCCAGUUCCUGAAGAUGAAAAAACAAUAGAGUUGGGGGAUGAAAGUAAACUCCCAGAUCAAGUGUUCAUCACCCAGCAAAUGCCAGUCGCACACUCUUCUGGUGAACUGACACUGCCCGAGGUUGAGAAAGAGCCACAGGAUUCGAACACAGUAAGCAAUCUGCAAUCUGUCCAAUAGCACACAUGGUCGUCACUUUCUUCUAGCUUUG